AAGUAAAUUCGUUAUAGUAUUUUCGUGCAAAUGUUUCUCCUUAGUUGUGUUUGUUGUAAAAUUUAGUGAUGCCGUGUUGCUGUUUAACCUUUCACAGUGGAAUUUUCGGCGAUUUUCGUACCGCUUCAAACAAAUUUGGAGCAUUUAAAACCCCAAGAAAAAAAUAGAUUAACAACUCUCAUAAUAAAAAAAAAAAAACCAUGGGUGUUGCAUACAUCCCACCCGACAACUCGGGUUGUUCCAGUGAGAAUAAACGUCCUCAUGAAGGUUACGAAAUAUACUUGGAGCUUGGUAAGCAAAUACGUUCAAGAGAAAAUCUCUUACCAGUUUUAAAAAGAUUAAGGGAAGUGAUGACAACGCCGUCCGCUCCUCCACAGAAGGACUUAACCAGGGGCGAAGCUCUCAUAACCAAGCUGCAAGAUCAACUGCUGUCAAAUAUUUUUUGGGAAAUCGACCGGAACGCCGAAUUCGUCCUGCAACAGGACGAAAUCGCCGACCUUUCCUUCGACGACAUAGUAACGAUAACCACAAGCGACACGUUACAGGUGAAAAACGAACUGAUCGUUUAUUUGGCGGUGAUGAAAUGGUUGCACAAACGGAAAUACGUCACCAACAACAAAGAGGCCAGCGAGAACAUCAAAUGUCUCAACGAAAUUACACCGGAGAUGAAAAAACUAAUUAUGGCCCCUAGAUACGGUUUGAUGACGAAGGAGCAGUUCCUUCAGCGAACGGUGGGACCGUUCAAGGGUCCGGACAGGAAAGAUUUGUUGGACGAAAUCGAAAUUAAUAAAAUUCUAAAUUAUAUAAACAAAGAAAAUACGAGACCUCUGCCGUAUAACGGUUCGAAGAAACGCAUUUUCUCCAAGGAAAAGUACUACAAUUUUGAGGCUCCGUCGCGAACGCAAGAACGAAAGAGUCAUAAGUUAAAUUCGGCAGAAAGGGGUUUGGUGAACUGUUUGGCUUGUUGGAGCGCGGUUUUCGACUGAGGAUGCAAGUAUAUUUUCUGGAAGAAUCUCUAAAUUAAUAAAAUAAAUGAGAGAAUUGUUAUGCAAAGUUAUAUAGCAAAUGAUAAAAUAAAUUAAAUGCAUUGUUACGGUUGUAUGACGAACGUCUCGAUGAGUUAACUUAUUAACUCUUAAACGAAUUAUUGUUAAUGAUUAUAGAUGUAUAAAAGAUAAAAAUAAAAAAACGAAAAUUCAUUUUCUUAUUAGUUAUUAACUUAUUACAUAAAGCUCUCUGAUACUACUUUUGUAUAUUCAAUAUCAGUGUUCAUGGGACGAAUGUUUUCCAUAGAUAAUUUACUUAUAUAAAUUUAUUUAAUAUAGAAAAUAUUAUUGUGAUAGAUGUGAUAAAGGAAUUCUUUUUAAAAUAGAAGUAUGAAAUUCUUAAUUAUUUUGUUGAUUCGAUGAAUUAUUGAUGUGAAUUUUAAAUGUGUUGUUAAUAAAAAUAAUUAAAAGAAA